AUGGAAGCAGUAGACGCCAUCGACCAGGAUCUAGAGACUUAUAAUUUUUUGCGUAAAAGUUAUACUUGGUCUACAAAAGUUGGAUUUCAGGCUCUGCAACAAAUGCUUCUCAACUCAAAAGUUAUCUAUUCCAACGCCCAUGCGAAGAAAAUUUCAAUGUAUGAAUACAUGAAGAUAUGUUGCCAUGAAGUUCUGAUGAAAUACAACGAGGGAUACGUAAAACUUCAAACUCCACCGCAGUCCCCAGCAAGAGAUCCCCAUGUAAUAGCCGAUUUUCCAAAAAUAUGUGAUAAAAUGUUGAAAUGCGGUCAACCAUAUUCUCCACAUGUAUGCGAGAACCUCUGUCAUAAAAGACCAUGUCCCCCGUGUCUUAAAACUACUGUGGUUACAUGCAGAUGUCGUCACAUGGACAAAGAAUUACCAUGUCAAGAACUCACUACAAAAGCUGAUGUUGCCAGAUACGAGAAGAAAUGUACAAAAAAAAGCACAAGAACGUUCUUAGAAGUUGCCGAUGAAUUUCUUAACAUCCAAAUGGCCCAAUUGAAAGAGAAAAUGGGAAGCUUCUCAACCAGUUCGACCAUUGAUUUAACUGAUAUAUUGAAUGUUAAAAAAAAACUUCAGUUUUAA